UAUACAUUUCUAUGUAGUUAUAUCUAUCUGUGUGUGUGUGUAUAUAUAUAUACAUAUACAUACAUAUAUAUAUGUAUAUAUAUAUAUAUACCUAUAUACCGAUACAUAUAUUUUCAUUGUGAGAAACAUCGAGUGUGUUGUGUGAACAGACAGCAUUCGAGCUUAAAGGAUGGCUGAGAGAAAGUUGAUUUUACCCUGCUGGGGACUGUUUUUAGCUUGUUUCUUCCUUGGUUAUGUUCGAACGGCAGUUUUGGUGGAUAAAUCUAGUUCCAUUUCAUCAGCAUUAGGUACAGAUGACAAAGGAAGUUCAAGUGCCAGCGAAGACUUCAUAGACCUUGAUGCCCCGCCCAGUCAUGUACUACACGAAGUUGGUGAAGGGACGAAAGAGUCAGAAAUUGGUGACUCUCAUGACACCGUACCGAUGACUAGACCCAAAACAAAUGUCGAACUUGAUUCCGACGAAGCUGAAGACGCCAUCCAUUCAGGCUCCGGCGACGAUUUGGAACCAGGAAUCAACAAUGAAAACAAAAAUGAUAAACAUAACAUCAGUGGGGAUUCGAUGAAAAAUAACGAAACUAGUACUACAAGCACAGUUGCCUAUCCGAGCAGUACUCAAGCUAAUUACAAUCCAUCGACAAGUACCACAUCUACCCAAAUAACCUACACAAGUACCCCACCAGUCACUCUCAGGCCCAUUUCUCGUGCACCACCAGUUUUGAGAGCCGUGAAUGACACAACCAAGCCAGCCACACACACCCCGACUAUGAAGACUCUGGAAUCUUCUGUCGAUGAUAACGAUGAAGAAUUAUCAGGAUCUGGUUCGGGUUCCGGAGAGAACCAGUGCAAUUCAUAUAACUGCAAGUAUGGCGGAGUUUGUGAUCAUGACUCAGAAGACUUCCAAUGCAACUGUGAUUUCGACUGCAAGAAAGAAAAUGAGGAUCCCAAGGAACGAAAAGGCCACGAUAUCGCCGUAUGCGGAUCCGAUGGAAUCCUUCACACAAACCUUUGUGUGAUGAAACGAACUUCUUGCCUUCAGCAGAAACUUAUUGAAGAAAAACCAAAGCAUUUCUGUGUAAAAGCGAAACCAGAAUCAUCCAAGAAGAACUGCAAUGAACACGAAUCUUCAGCUAAGUGGGGUCCCUGGUCACCCUGGAUUCAAUCUGGCGAUAAAGACUUCCGUUUCCGGUCUUGCAACGUCACUGUCGCUACAGGAAAGAAUGCCACGAAUAUCACCUGUGCCGGAGAACGCAUCCAGUUUAGCAAUUGUCCAGUCACAGAAAAGAAGAUCUGUCAUUCGGCUAAUGGUGAAGAAAAGACUUCCUUCGUUUAUGAAUGUAAUGGACACGAUCCGAUGGACAUCGAUAUUAAAUAUCCUCAAAUGUUUGCCAAUAUUGGUGAUGAUGAAUGUUUAUACUCACUUUACCAAGUGGAUAGCGGAGAAUAUAAAUUUGUUGACUGGACUUAUGAAAGACUGCAGAACGAAGGCAAGUUACAUCAAUGGUGUACCGGUCCUCUGAAAACUGGUGACGACUAUCGAUUGAAGCAAUACAAGCGACGAGACAACAACACGGUGGCCGUCUUCACGCCAUUGCAUAGCUGCAAGCAGAAACUUGAGAAAUUUUGCCGAGAUUCGAUGCCACCUUGUAAAUACGUGGCCAGAGACGCAAAAGGAAUCACUAACGAUAAACUCCACGUUGAAUGUUUGAAAGAGUUUACUCUUGGCGGCAGCAUUCCAUCAGGAAUAAGAAACCAAAAUGGUGGCCUUACUUUCUUGUGUCAGAAAUUCUCGUCUAAUACUUUGUUUGGAGAUCUUUUCAAGAGAAAAACUGCCCAUUUUGCCUCACUUUAUGACAGUUUCAGACGUGUUCCAACGUUCUCUAUGAGCAAACUUACAGCUAUUGACAAUAAGGGAUGGCCACGAACUCCAUAUCUAAUUGAAAGAGCUUUGAUCGAUAAACAAGCACGUGCAUCCUGGUUUUACAUUGUUCAAUAUCGUAAGAAAGGUCUGGCAGCUCUGAGUGAACUCGAAGAUGAAAUUCAGAACGAUCAAUGCGCCGUUGGCAAGUACCAGCCUCAACCGAGUGACUAUGAUUUCACCACCACCUAUCGUAUUGGUCAUCUUCUACCUCCACAGUUGGCCGGUCACCAAAUAGAUACGAAGAUUGCAGCAUUCGCUUUAACGAACACAGUUCCAAUGCAUAUGGACUUCUAUAAAGAAUGGAAAAAAGCAGCAAAAAUGAUAAUUAAAUAUGCCGUGGAUGUAUGUGGUGUUCCUCAAAUAGAUGCAGAAAAAACAGUGACUGAGAGUACAGAACCAACGCAGUCAUCAACAACUCCAUUUACCACUAUUGCUACACCUAUGGCCACCAAAUCAACCAACUCGGCCAACACCAAGAAUGUUGGCACUUCCGGUUCGCUGCCCUCAAUGAUGGCAGAUUCAUCAGCGACUGAAGAGAAAGCUCAGAAGCCUCAACUAUAUCUUGUUGCUGGUGCAGUUCCUUCGGUGGAUCCAGAAGUAACCAUUGGCAAUGGAGUUAACGUGCCAGACCUGAUUUGGCUUGGAGGCUGUUGCGUCCGGGGUAACGAGACCAAAGGCUUUGCUGUCUACGGACAAAAUGCUGCCGGAAGAUUGGUCGGAGCGACAUCCCUUCCUCAGCUUGAAAUACUCUUGUCACAAGAGUAUACGAAACACACUUCGAGAGCACAUGCAUUCAAAAUAAAAAUCUUUCCUGCAUACCAAGGCCAAUGUAGUAAGGCACCAAAUGAUGACUCACUUAAAAUAGCACUUUGAUUUUCUACAUCUUAACACCCCUAGAAGUGCAAAAUAUUCAAAUAUUUUAUUGCAAAUUUUUUAAAGCUUAUUCUUUACUGUUUUUCUUUUAU